AUGUCUACACGUCGUACGACUGAAGAAAAAGUUGCAAUAGUGCGACUUUUUUCUAAGUUUGAUAAUGCACACGAGGUUCACAGGCAGUGGCAGUAUCAUUUUGAUACAAGUCCACCGGAUACACACACAGUUUUAUCAACCAACCGGAAGUUUGAUGAAACUGGAACAGUUGAAGAUUUACCACGCAGUGGUCGACCAGUAAGUAUACUCUCAGAAGAAAAACUGGAAGAAAUAGAAGAAAUGGUCAAUGAUAAUCCACGAUUGUCUAUUCGAGAAGGCGCUGCUCGAGCUGGUAUAAGUAAAAGCAGUUACCAAAUAGCUAUGACGCAACUUAACUUUAGACCUUAUCAUCCAACUUUAAUAGUGGACCUUAAUGAAGAUGAUUUCGAUCGCCGCAGCGAAUUUUGCGAAAUAUGGCUUGACAAAUUCGAGAAUGAUCCAGGUUUAAUUGAUCGUAUAUUUUGGAGCGACGAGGCUAAAUUCAGUAUGAACACAACAGUUAAUCGACACAAUUGCACGUACUGGUCUCGAGAAAAUCCGCAUUUCAAAUUUGAGGUAUCAAAUACAAAACAAGGGAUUACAGUGUGGUGUGGAAUGAGUUCCAAUGGUCUUGUUGGUCCAUAUGUUUUUGAUGAUACUGUUACCGGUUCACUAUACAAAGAGAUGCUGGUCGAAUAUGUAUGGCCCAAAUUGAAACGUAAAAAGUUUUACUUUCAACAUGAUGGUGCUGGAGCUCAUUAUGCUAUUGCUGUUCGAGAAUGGCUUGAUGAGAAUUUUUCUGAUCAUUGGAUUGGCAGACGUGGUCCAUUCGACUGGCCAGCGCGUUCGCCAGAUUUAACUCCAUGUGAUUUCUUUCUUUGGGGCUAUUUAAAAGAUAUCGUGUUUAAAAAGCCACCUGCUACACUUAUGGAACUUCAACAAAGUAUUGAAGAAGCCUGUGAACAAGUGACAGAAGAAAUGUGUCGCAAAGCAUGUCGCUCUGUUAUGCAACGUUUGCGUGAUUGUUUACACCGUGAAGGACAUUUUCUUUCGUACUAG